UUCUAGAGACCAAGAUACUGAAAGAAGAAGCUAUAAUCGAGACCAAGAUACUGAAAGAAGAAGCUAUAAUCGAAAGCAAGAUACAAAAAGAAGAAUGCCAAAUCGAGCCCAAGGCAGACAAAGAAAAAAGCCAGAAAGGCAGCAAGAAAGGUAAAGAGAAAAGUCAAACAGACAGCAAGAAAGUGAAAGAAAAAUGUCUCAUUGCAGAGCCCACAAAUAAAGAAGAUCAAGUGAUGACACUGAUUGGUCUACAAAAAGCAGAUGGUUCGUGGAUUGUAGACGAAGUCCUUGCAGAAAUUUUUAAUUCAACCACACAGGAGAUUCUGACUAGCUUGCCCUGUGAGGAGGCAGAACCUGCUGUGUGGUCAACACUUCUUUCUCUGAUAUGGCUUCAUACUUAUGGUGCAAAGAUCAAAAGUGAUUGGGAACUCUUAGCUUCUAAGGCAGUGUCAUGGCUGAAUACAAAUGCUGCAGGAGUUGAUUUUGGAGAACUAAUCAUUGUGGGCAACAAUUUCUUGAAGACAGAAGUCAAACAAAGCACUCUAGGACUCUGAGAGGAAUCUUUGAAGAAAUACUUGUCCAUUUGCUCAAAUUGAUAUGUUCAGCAUACAUGUAUUUUUUAAUUUUUAUAUUUAAAUAUGGCUUAAACAUGUAUUUCUAAAUUUAAUAAUAUAAUGCACUUCAACGCUGGCAUACACGUAUAUGACACUACAUACAUGAAAUGUAAUUUUUUGUGUCAAAGCUUAAUUUUUUUUAAUAUCUAGAGCUGUGUAAACUAUUUUUUACUGCAGUCUGAUCUGGAAUCAAAUGCAUAACAUUAGUUUUGUGAUUAAUAUGAAGGAUAUAUAAAUGAAAUAAAAUGUAACAUAUUGUAGUUAUCAUAUGAAGCCAUGUUUAUCAGCAGGCUACACUGAUUCUGAAUAAAUGGUACAAAUAUUUUUAAACAUCUAAAAAAGUAAUGUUUUCCAUGUGUUGUACCUUCACAUUUAUGGUAUUCCACACUGCUUUACUGUAACAUCUGUAUAUUUCUUUUUUGACAACUUUUUCACCAAAUUAAUUAUUUAAAUACUGUAAUACUGUGGAAUUUUAUUUAUAGUAUGUUUUUUAUUCCUGCUUCUCUGUCAACAUUUUGUUUUACCACAGUAUUACAUUAGGUUUUAAAAUAAACAAGAGAGCCAGGAAACCCAGUUUGGGGAAAGUGAUUUAAGCACCGGAUUAAUCAUUCUAAAUCUCCAUUUGCAGGUUGGGUGGUUCAUGUCCAAAGCAAAAAUUACCAGCUUAUGCACACCACAUUACCUUUCUAAAUAAAGAAUGAGACAACAUUUCCAUUUGUUUUUUACAUACAUAUAUUAAUUAAUUAAUGGAUCCAUUUACUUUCAGCCACCAAAACCAUGGCUUAAAAGGCAAUGUAAAGAAACACAUUAUACUACCUUUUGGGAAGUCUGGUACCACAGCAAACUACAUCAUCAGCAAAACACCUCUGAGAGUUAACCCAUUAGUCAGGGAUCUGAGAACACAUGUAGACAGUACCCUGGCCUUUGACCAACAUAUAUCCAAGGUAGUAAGGAAAUCCCCUUAGGUUGCUCAAUUUAUAAGUAAGUGAAUGGCAUCUAGGUCCAGGGGAGUCAUUGUACCACUGUACUCUGCCCUCAUUGGACCCAUCAUUGAGUAUACUGCCUCCUUUGGUAUGUAACUGACCAGACACAUACAGCUAAUGUCCUCACAAAGAGGAUGCAGGG